AGGUCGACGAAAAGUGACCGUAGGGAAGUUCCAGGUGGGACGGGGAGCUGCUGCCGUCAGCGCCGGUCUGUCCGCUCUUCCAUAACCACUUCAGUCCCAAACUGCAUUCCCUUUGAGAGGCCAUGUACCCCGUAGACCUUCCAGAUGUGGAUGACACCGGCCUCACAUCAGCAUCUCAAAAGUAUCUCUCUUCUUUAGAGUCAGGACCUUGUAACGAGGAGUGGUUUCAGUUAUCACAGACUUUGAAGGUAGCGAUCACAGCUGACAGUGUAAGGCGGGUGCACCUGUUUGAAAAUAACCAACCCGACUGUGCACUGCUGGCGCUUUACUCUCCAGAUGAUCCAACACAAGUGGUGGCUCUAUACCUGCAUGAGAAGUGGUGGUGUGUGGAGGACGUCUUACGAACAUCUAGCAAGUCCAGAAGUGGCUUGAUCAUGUCGAUCACGGAGAGGGUGAUCGUGUUCCUGCUCAGUCAGGUAGUGGAGAGGUCCUCGCAGGAGAAGGCCUUGUUCUCCCUGCACCCCCCCACAGAGAGCUGCAAACUGCUGUGGAGGGACAGCCAGGCGGUCGGCUUCUACACCGUCAAACACAAAGGCAGCCUGUGUGACGCCUGGAGCAGCCGCUGCUACCUGCUGCCGGCCCUGGACACGGUGCUGGUCAGGAGGAGCUGGAGGAGGAGAGGCCUGGGGCUUCAGAUGCUGGAAGAUUACUGCUCCUCCUUCUACACAGAGACAUGUCUGGGAAUCAGCUCACCAUUAUCACCCAGCAUGGCAGCAGUGUGCAGGAGCUUUCUGCAGCAACACGAGGAACAUCUGGAGCAACUGUAUGAGGUGGAGGCUCCAGGGGACUGGAGCCAGCGCAGGAACAUCUGGCUCAGCAUCCAGCUGGGCCGCUACUCCCUCGGUGAUAGUGAGGAGAAUAGUCCCACAUCAGGAGAAAUGCAGAAGAAUGAAGGAGAACACUCCUCUCAGAAGACCUACAGUCGUACUGUAGACCCGACCUCAGCGAGCACCUGUAACGUGAGCAUUCCACUGGUAAUACACUCUCCCGCAUCACAAACAAAACCCUGUGAUCUACGCCGAGGAAGAAGCUUCCCACAGCAGCGAGAUCUCUGGAACAGGAUGUCCUGCAGCCCACGCUGAUGGUCUGCACUCUGGAUCUCCCAGAAGACCACCAGAGGCAGAGCCCUCUCUAUCUGCAGAGCCUCGCAGAGAGAAAACACAGAGAAGUGCCAAACGGGUCAGAAGGACAUGAGGAAACAGACACAGCUGUUCAUACUGAUCAAGGGGAGGGUCGUUCUCUGUGCUUCUCAACUUUUUAAAGUAACGUUUCAACACUUGUGUUUUCUUCCCGUCGACCAUGCAACUUUAUAUUUCUGGGUCAGACUUUCUUUUUUUUAACGUUUUAGAAGCUUUUCCUAACGUUUCAUCAUCCGUUUUUUG